AGAACGAUUAGCCUUGCGUAGGUAAGUAUUUUUUCAACAGUGAUAAUGCGUAGAUCUAAAAUUAAUAAUAAUUUCGAGCACUAGUCUUAUCCUAGUAAUUUCAUGGAGUUUAGAAUUAUAAGCGCGGUAUUUUUGAUUGUUCUUAUAAAUUUAAAUGCAAUGUUUACAUUGUCAAUUAUUUACCGCACUAAGUUGAAAGCAGCACAGAUUUUUCUCUCCAAGAAUAGGGCGAUGCUUCACAGCAUUAAGCUUUGGAUAUUUUCGAAAACUAGAUAGGGAUUAUUGCGAAUAUCUUGGCUAUACAGUGUGGAAUUAUCUUAGAGGAACUCUUUAUACAAAAAGAGAUAUUUGAAGAAUUUUUUCUUCAGAUUUUUGUGAAAGUUUAUAAGGAUACUUAGAUGUAGUAUACAGUGACCUAUUGAUUGCCAAUUAGUUCAUUCUGCAAGUGCAAUAUUGGAUUUAUUAAACCAAUUAACCCUGAACAUGCUCCUAAGAACAUUGGCCACCUAGCAAUGGCAUGGAUAAAACUGUUACCUUAACCCAAUUAAUAGGGCCUGAUGACUCUGAACUUGAGGGACCAUCUCAAGAUAGCUCACCGAUCUCUAACAGAGUUAGCCUCUCCCCUCAAUCUUGUUCCAAGGAAGGGGUGUCUUUGGCAACCACUCCAGAGGGGACAAUCAAUAUUCCAAUAGAGUUAGAGCCAGAACCUGAUAAUAGCCAAACUACAGCUAAGACAGUCUUGAGACGUUCAUCCCGGCUCGUGUCAAAAUCGACCCCUAAGACGCCUAAGAGCCUGGCUUCAACCUUAAGAGGGAAAUUUAGGCUAACACGUGCAAAGGGAUCAUCAAUACUGCGUGGUUUUGACUCCGAGAAACUUAACAACACCGAAGUAGACUGCAUCAGGGGGGGGGGGACUUUAAUGAUGUCAAUAAGAAACUCACCAAAAAUAUAUAAAUAUUCCCGCGUUGUUCUCCAGAUUGACAGUAAUGACUGCUCUAGUGACAAACCUGCCAAGGAUAUUGUAUCUGACUACCAGCUUCUUAUUAAAGGAGAUAAGAAUGUAGCUGAAGAGACCAUUGUGUCAAGUAUAUGCCCAAGAUUUGACAAACCAGAUGUGCAAAAGAAGAUUGACUCAGUAAAUGCUGAACUUCAGGUCUUAUGCGGUGAUGAAAAAGUCACCUUUAUCAAUAAUGACACCCAAGGCUUCAAAUUUCAAGAUGGUUGUGUUAAUGAAGGCUACAUCUGGGGUGACAAAAUCCAUCUAUCUAAACCUGGAAUCGAACAGACUGGCCAAAAAAAUGUCACUAGACUGCAAAAUGGUUGA